AUGGAUUCGGGUCUUUUUUAUUUGCUUUCUUGUUUAUAUGUAACUCACUAUCUAUCUAUCUAUCUAUCUAUCUAUCUAUCUGUCUAUCUGUCUAUCUAUUUCAGUCCGUUAUCUAUCUAUCUCUCUGUCUAUGUAUGCAUCUAUUAUUUAUCUAUCUUUAUCUAUCUAUCUAUCUAUCUAUUUCUUGUUUUUUUAUCUAUGAAUUAUCUAUAUCUAUAUCUAUCUCUAUGUCUGUCUGCCCAUGUGUCUAUCCGUGUAUCUGCUUAUUUUUUUCAGUCGGUUCAUUAUCUAUCUAUCUAUCUAUCUAUCUAUCUAUCUGCUUUUGUUCUCAACCUUGCAUCGCGUGUGAUCCUGCAACACGCGCUGUGUCACGCGCUGACACACGCGCUGACACACGCGCUGAUGCACGCGCAUACGCAUGACCUGUGGAACGCAACAGCUGUUAGAUUUGCACAUUGGCUGGACGGAGCCCCUUUACACGUCCAAUCAAAUGUCGCCGUGUCACGUUGA